AUGGACAAAGAAUGGACCCUAAUGUUACAAAACCAUCAAAAGAUCAAAAUUCCUGCGAUGAAACAAACAACAGUGUCAUGUAACAAGAGCGACACGCAUGGUAAAGUAAUGUUCAAACGCAUCUCCUAGUGUCCAGGGGAAGCUUGAAAUUAUGCGAUCUUGGAUGUGAGCUAUUUACGUUAUGAUCAGUGAAAUGUUACAGGUACGUUUUACUUCGACGCAAAGUCAGUUUUUGAGCGUAAUCAGUAAAACAUUGUAAAUAUAAAAAAAUCCCACAGUGUUGUUCUCUCGAGGAAGAUAAUUUUUUGCAAUAGGAACCUCUCUAGCUAUACCGUUACAUGAUGCUUUUUGCAAAUUGAAAUUUACCAUUUUCUUAAUGAACUUUUAUUUGACGACUCUCUAGAGUGAACUGAUACCACAGUCGAGACUGAAAGAGUUAACGCGAAGUUUUUCACGCUAAAUAAUUGUAUAAAUUAACUAGCCAGCAAAAUAUUAAAUUUAUUUUCAUUGAGACUGUAAGAAUAACAUAAUUAUGGUUUAUUAUCUAAUAUGAGAUUAAGGACUUCAUAUCAUCGGACUUUAAGAAAACAUUAUUUGUCAUUUAUUAAUUCCCAAUAUUUAUGCUGCUCAUUUCAGUCAAGAAUGGUGGUUUAUUUUAAGUACUCAGCAGGAUAACAGCGAUAAACGCUUGAUUAAAAUUGACUGACUGCAAUCCGCGGUCUCAGCGUUGAAAAAAGAGGGGAUUGGUUAUAUCUCUAAGAUAUUUAUUACAUAGACGGGGAAAGAAAUGUUGUUUGGGAGUCUUACAGACAUCAUAAGAUUCCCAACCAAAUGAAGAAAUUUUGUAUUCAUUUGAAAUUGGCCUGUAUUCAUGAUGCGUCUCGUUGAAAAAAGCUCUAUGCAUGUGCCAUAUAGUAAUAUUGCUUAAUUCAGAAAUUAAAUUUCAAACCAAAGCUUUAAGGUAGAUAGCAACGAUUGCUAGUUUGAUGUUAGAAAAAUAAAAUGCCUCAUAACGUUAUUCAAGGCUAUAGAUAAAAAUUUACACAGGCACUUCUUCAGAUUAGUUUCGCGGCGUCAAUCAGUUGCAUUCAUAAGGGUACCAAAAUCCAAUCAGUUUACCUUAGGAAAAAUUUCCCGCAUACAACACUAAAUUAAGAUGAUGACGAUGAAUAAAAACUUGGUCACUGAUGAAGAAAAGGAAUUCAGUGACCAAGUCUUCUUCCACUACUGUAAGUUAAAUAUUGUUAUUUUUAUUCAGAACUCUCGGUGGAAAAACUCUGGCGGACACUCACUGAUGUCUAAAUUUCCAAGAGGUUUUCUUUAUAUAGUUAGAGAUAAUAUAAGUUCUCCGUCCUCUAAGCAACGGACAUAUUACAAGUGCUUCAUAAUGCAGAGAUACUGAGACAUAUACUUACCUAGUGUAUGGUCACUCACUAAGUGUUUUGAAGAAACAUGGUCAUAUAUUUAUCCUACGAAACGGGGGGCUAACAGCCAAGUUCUCUUCUUUAUAACUAUUCUAGACAAUAUUUUAGAACAUAUUCAGACAUACAAAAUGGCCGGUCUUAACCAUUAGCAAGAAAGGAUGAUAAUUUAUAAUUUAAUCAAUGUUUGAUUAAUUAACCCUUUAUAGGUUCUUAAAGAGUGACAAACGUCAGGCUUCUCCUAACAGCUUCAAUUUUCAUACACCAUCAAGCUGAAAAGUUAAUGAGGAAUUAUGACCAUAGGGAAAACGCUUCAAUCUAUCUUUUUUCAAAUUCUCUCAAUUACGGUAAAUCUUUUAGGAAAUAUAUAGAUCAAACUGGGGAAUUGUGUGUGUGCCGGGAGUGUAUAUCAAGUCAUAAUCGUGGCCCGCAGAGUUGCCACAGAUCAGUGUCAUUAAUUUGUGGAUUUAUACUUUGAGCAUUAGUAUAUUUACUCAGUUCAGAAUUUUGUUUUAUUUGUUUAUUUGAAUUGAGUGGAUUGCACGGAGAUUUAUUUUACAUUAUCUAAAUUGUAAACAAUUUUUUUGAGUUUUCGGCCGACGUCAAUCAAAGUUGCAUUUGAUAACAAACCCACAGUUUCGGACAGUUUUUCGUGUUCCGUGACAUAAUUUUAGUCAAAAUAAAUGUCAAACAGGGUUAAAAUCUGUAGCUCCAGGCAUUCUGUAUAACCAUAAAUAAGCAUAAAUUAAGCUUUCUUUUUGCCAAUUUGUUUGGGUACAAGACAAUAACACGUCGAGUUCCUCACUGUUUCAAGCGUACUUCAAAUCGGGGUUAAGAUGAUGAUUGCAGAGUUUACCGCCGUCGUUUUUGGUCUGUUUUUGUUUUCUACAGCUGUCGGUAUGUGUGAUUUUGUUCAAGAAUUUCUUUCUCUUUUUUUCGGUAAACAAAACGCACAUUGAAGAGCCCGUCAAUCGGCCGGAACAGAACGUUUUGAUAGACACAGUGGCAAAGGCUUGUUGGUGCCGCACACGAUCCUGUCUCCCGUUUCGUUUAUACAAUAAUGUGCUUAUAUCAAAAUGUGUGUGUGUGUGUGUGUGUGGAGGAGAGUGGGUCGAUAAUGAACUUGUAUAACCAGCCGAGUCAGUCUCCCAAUGGCGAAUCUACCUAGUUAACACAAAUACUGUAAGAAGUAAAGAAAAGAAGACUUUUUUUUCUUAUUUCACAGAGGCCAAGAUUGGGGAAUCCGUGCAAAUCCAGCUUUACGACCGCAACUUAAAGGUUUCGGAUACAGAGAUGCGGAAAAUGUUGAAUAAGGCAGAUCUUCGGCGUCAAGGCUACACAAAGGAAAUCGAUUUUAAGAUAGUGAAGGAACCAGAUAAACCAGGAUAUAGACAGGCAUGUGUCAGUUAAUGAAUUAAUCGCUUGGUUUAAACGCUCUAUACCUUUCAACCAAAAUCUCUUACCCUCACUCCACUUACGGACGACAAGUUUUCAGGAUCAGAAUUUUGUUUAACUGUAAGAAUGACACUUAUGUGUACAGUCUGCACACCACCUAAUUGCAUGGCAAAAUGAAUUUGAUUGACGGUGAGACGACGUUUGAGGCGUUUGUUUCCAUCGUAUUCCAGCUUUAAGAAACAUUUUAACACGGGGUUAAGGUUUUAAUUUAUUUGUCGCUUUGAGCGGAAUUGUUUUUUCAACUCGAGGAUUUCUUUUAACUUGGAAAUUGGUUCUUAUUUAGUUCGAAAAUCAAGAACCAGCUAAGAACCGUCUAUGCCUGUAUUUGUCUUCAGUAUUCCCUCUGUCUGCCAAUGCUGCCUGACCGAUACAUUUAUGAUUUCAAAGCGGUAUGGUCUAUCUGUGACCUGUAAACUUAAGGCACUAAAAUGCUUAAUAUUCGUAUUGUCAUAUUUGUUGAUUUAGAAACUUUUGUUUUUCUUUCCUAGAAAUCAAUCUUUUACAGCAAGAUAGUGAGCUGCUCAGCUGUUCUGAAAACCGAACGAGAACUGAACAAUACCGUUUUUCAUGGUGAUUGCAAUAUGCAUGUUCACGUAUUGCACUUUUAAGUCGUUUCUAGUUUCAUAAGUUAUUUAUUUGCUUUGGUGCCGAUAGUACUACUCCUGACCACUCCUGGUCAUGGCCUUGAAGGACUAGAAAACCCAUUUAUAAGAUUCCAAAACCCUAUGUUUUUUGACUGUGAACUGUGACUCUGAACGUUUUUCAUGGUGAUUGCAAUAUGCAUGUUCACGUAUUGUACUUUUAAGUCGUUUCUAGUUUCAUAAGUUAUUUAUUUGCUUUGGUGCCGAUAGUACUUCUCCUGACCACUCCUGGUCAUGGCCUUGAAGGACUAGAAAACCCAUUUAUAAGAUUCCAAAACCAUACGUUUUUGGACUGUGAACUUACUUUGAAAUAUGACUCUGCCAAACGCCACUAUUUAGUUCGUUGCACUCUAGCUUUGCCCAAUAGCAAAAGAAGAAUUCUUGUUUUACAGUUCAAGGAUAUGUAACAUUUCCUCAAUUCGCAAAGCGGAUUUCUUUAUGAGUAUUUUUUUUUUCGUGCCCAACAAUGUCUUCCCCAAUCUCUUUUUACAGGUGCUUUAGGACCUGAGCUGUACAACAAAUUAAGAGAUGAAAUGAAAGCAAAGGGCCUGAUCAACGCAGGGAAUUGCCAAACAGGGAUUAAGAUAGUUUUCAACUAUGGCAAAAAGAAACUCAACCGUAGCGGUCGACACAGACCGCGUCGCAUUGUUGAGGGAGGAUGCAUUAUGAUCCCAACAGUGCUAAAACCACUGCAGGAGUAA